AUGACCCCCAACCGCGAGCGUCACCUGUCAAUGCCCUCAACUCCUGCCAGGAAGCAGGCUCAUGAUCCCCCACCCGGGAUGACCCCUCAAUUGAGAGAAACCAUAAGCGAUUCCUUCGAACACUCAGAUUCCGAUGAAGAUUCCCGUUUUCCUAGGCAAGAUGCUCGUCGUCCCGUGGCAAGCCCUCUCCAAGCCUCGCCCACUCGAGGGAGCUACUCACAGCCGAUUUUGACGAGCAGAGAGCAAUAUACAGGCCGAAAUCUAAAGAGGGCUACUACUGAUGGGGACUUGUCCACAACCAAUGAUCUCCGUCGACUUUUGGAGGAAAAGGACGAGCACCUUGCGGCUAAAGAAGACCAAAUCAAGGCGCUUUCCCGAGAGAUAGACAGCCUCAAACGGCAGUUGGCCCUCAGCUCUGGGAACGCCGGGUCGUCUUUUCGACCCUCCUACUCUACGGGCUUGUCGCUACCCACUCCUUCGAGGCAGCCGACGACGUCUGCUGCUGCUGCUGCUGCUGCUGCCCUGCUCUUCAUCGUGCAACGAGGGCCUGGAAGACACGUCGAUGCAGCCUCCUACAAUGUGGAAUUGAAUGUUCAACAUUUUAUUUGA